AUGGAACCGUCCAUCGACUCUUCCCUCGCUACCAACGGGCUGGCUGACGAGCAGCGAGGCUUGCUGGACCUUGUUGACAAGCUGCAAUUUGCCCAACUUGACAAUGUCAGGCUCCCCCAAAUCGUCGUUGUGGGCGACCAGUCCGCGGGAAAAAGCUCCGUUCUCGAGGCCCUGAGCGGCACUCCGUUUCCCAGAGAUGCAGGCGCCUGCACUCGCUUUGCCACAGAAAUCCGCCUGCGACGGGCAAAGGAGCCGUCGCUCAGAGUGUCCAUCAUUCCGGACAAGACCCGGCCGCUGAAGGAGCAGCAGGCACUGAUGCAGUAUGGCGGAAACGUCACUGGUGAUUAUCCUUUUGAGACGAUGAUGAGGGACGCGACAGAGCUCAUUGCACCACGAAAUAUCCCCGGACGUUUCGCUGCCCGCGAUAUCCUCGUCGUCGAGAAGAAUGGCCCCGAAAUGCCACUGCUCACCCUCGUCGAUCUGCCUGGUCUGGUCCGUGUCGCCAAUCGCGAUCAGUCGGAUGCCGACAUUCAAACGAUUGAAGCUCUGUCGGAUCGGUACAUGAAGAGCUCCCGCACCAUCAUCCUCGCCGUCGUCGGAGGCAACAACGACUACGUGCAGGCUCCCAUCCUGAAGAAGGCCCGCCAAUUUGACCCAAAGGGCUCACGAACCAUCGGUGUCUUGACCAAGCCAGAUAUGACAGAGCGCAUCGGCCUGGAGGACAAAUUUAUCGAGCUUGUUACUAAUAAGGACCCCGAAAACCACUUCAAGCUCGGCUGGUAUGUUCUCUUGAAUCCGGGCCCUGCUGAUGACUGGUUCACUCCCGAGGAGCGCCUCCGCAAAGAGACCGAAUUCUUUACUCGUGGAAAAUGGGCGGUCCUCCCCCCUCAGAAUUGGGGAAUUGGUUCGCUCCGACAGAAGCUCAGCACCCAGCUCCAGCGCCACAUUGGCAAGCAUGUCAAGUCUUUGAGGCGACAGAUUCAGCAAUCUCUCGAGCGCUGCGAGGCUCAGCUCAAGGCUAUGGGAGCCGGCAAGGACACCAUAGAGGAGAUGCGGUUUGAGAUGGGUGAGCUCUUCACCGCCUCGAACAAUCUCGUCACUCCUGCGGUCAACGGUAACUACAAGAACCCUUUUGGCGAGAAGUUCUUCUCCCGACAAUCGAACCCCAAAUCUACGCCCUCGCAGAAACUCCGAGCUCGUGCGCGAGAAGAAAGCGAUCGGUUUGCCAGACGAUUCCGCCAGCACGGACGCGGUGUGAUCUUUGGCACCAACCAAGUCCCUCCCUCCACCGACAACGCGUCGCUGCCCUCGCCUGGCCUGCUUAUGGACCCGGCCAAGAAGGCUUUUGCACAGAAUGAAGUUGAGCCUCUUCUGCGACAGAUCCGUGGUAACGAACUUCCGCUUGAUUCCAACCCCCGAGCGCCUUACAUUCUCUUCCAGGACUACUCUCGAAACUGGCCAAUUCUUGCCCAAGAGUACAAGGACAACCUGGGCGUCAUUUGUAACGAGUUCCUCGCUGAUGUCAUCGACCAUGUCUGGCCGAUGCGCAUGCGUGAUCCUUUGCGCUUCCACUUCCUUGAGCUCAAGAUGAAGGAGCUCAUGGAUAGUGCUGACAAGGAACUCAAUCGACUGACGGAUGACAUGGAGCUCGAGGUGCAGCCUUUCGACCCUGAGUACGAGGAUCGUCUUCGCAAGUGGCGCGCUGCCAUCAUCGAGAACGGCGGUUCCUACACCGAGGCUGAGGAGGUUCUCGAGAAGAUGUUGAUCUACUACGACCUCACCGCCCGCAUCUUUGUACGCAACGUCAUCACUCAGGUUGUAGAGCGCCACCUGCUCCUCGGAAUGCUCCGGCUGUUCAAUCCUAUUGAGAUUCUGCGCAUGUCGGAUCACAACAUCGAAGCCAUCGCAGCCGAGAACAAGGAGACACGCGAGAAGCGUUUGGCACUGAAGAAGCAGAAGGAGGCCAUCGAAGACGCAAGGAACAUCUGCGCAGCCCUUGCCAUGCGGAGCGAGCUUAGAGCUUACGAGGACGAACCGGAGGACGAACCCUCAGAUGAUGAUGGCUUACGAAGACAAGCGUCAUCAGUUGGCUGGCAGUCCAGCGCUCAGUACGCCCAACGACCGGCGAACGAACAGCAAUCAUCUCGGAAGCCAGUGUCUUCCAAACGAGAGUCUGUUGUCCCUCAAAUCCCUCAAACACCGACAAGUACCCGUGACCUCCAGGAUUCAUCCUGGGACCAACCAAGUCACACCAAUGGGGGGUCCUCGUCCAGUUAUGCCGCGCCGGCCAACGAGAAGCCUCCAUCCCAUGCACCUCCUCCACCACCACGACCUUCCAAGGUCGGCUUCGACGAGCAGCCUGAGCGUUACUACGAAUCCUCGUCGCCUCGAGGAGAGUCGCACAGCCGCUCUAAGGAUAGUGCCAGGUCUAGACUCGCGUCGGCCAUGAGGAUGGGCUCGCAGCCCGCCUAA